AUGGCCUAUCCUUCACCUCAAUCUUCCACAGAGGCCUGCCCCACCCACCCCCGUCUUCUCCGACCCACCAUCUCUUUCUCAUCUCUUGACCCUUUCGGCGACAUUGACUAUGCCCUCCUUCUCCUUCUCCAACCCUCGAAUCCUCCCUUGCUUUUCCUCUUCAACACCGUGAUCAGAGGCCUUGCACGGUCCUGCCAUCGAUCCAAAUCAGUUUCGAGCUCAUUGCUUGUGUUUGAGCGCAUGGGUGAGCUCAACCUUUCUCCUAAUAGCUUUGCUUUCACUUUCCUGUUUCAAGUUUGCUCGAAAAUUGUAAAUUUUGAUUUGGGUAGGUUGAUGCAUUGUGUUGUGAUUAAGAACUCGUUUGUGAAUGAUGUGUUUGUUCGCAAUUCAAUGAUUCGAUUUUACUCUGUUAGCAGUGAAUUGGGUGAUGCACGAGGGGUGUUUGAUGAAAGUCCUGCUAGAGACGUCGUGUCCUGGAAUGGGUAUCUCGGGCAUGGCGAUGUAUCUGAGGCUCUCGAGUUGUUUGGGAAAAUGCCCAACAGAAAUGAUGUCUCAUGGAAUAGCCUUCUUGGGGGUUUUGUGAAGUUUGGUUGUGUGGGCGAUCCUUAUCGGCUUUUUGUUGUGAUGCCGCGAAGGAAUUUGGUUUCCUGGGUUCUGAUGAUUUCUGGUUAUGCUCAGAAUGGACAGCCAAAAGAAGCCUUGGAAUUGUUUCGAGAGAUGCAGUUGAUGGAUCAGGAGUGGAUGCCAAACUCUGCAAUUUUAGUGAGCGUUCUUUCUGCCUGCUCCCACAUCGAUUUUGCAAUGCAAGUGUUUAGUUCAUCUGGGAAGAAGGAUGUUUCUGUGUAUACUGCUGCAAUUUCUGGGUUAGCAACAAAUGGGCGCAGCAGGGAAGCACUACAACUUUUUGAGAAAAUGAUAGUUCAGGGCAUCUCACCGGAUGAGUUGGAUCACUAUGCUUGUAUGGUUGAUCUUCUUGGUCGUGCUGGUAUGUUGGAGGAGGCAGAAAACUUUGUUGCCUCAAUGCCAAUUAUGCCAGAUGCUGUGAUUUGGGGGGCCCUGCUCGGUGCAUGCAGGGUUCAUGGAAAUACUGAAAUGGGUGAAAGAAUAGGUAAUAUACUGAUUGCAUCUGACCAAAAUAAUGAUGGCCGGUAUAUUCUCCUUUCAAACAUCUAUGCUGAAUCCAUGAAGGGAAAAGAUGCCGAAGAAGUCAGGAAAGCUAUGAGAAGCAGAAAACUGAAACGGAUCCCUGGUUGUAGUCUUAUUGAAGUGGAUGGCAUCGUUCAUGAGUUUUUUGCAGGGGACAGAUUGCAUGAAAAAAAAGAGGAGAUAUAUCUGAAGUGGGAGGCAAUCGUUAAACAGAUAAAGAAUUUUGGGUACAAGGAAGAGACAAGAGGCGUUGUGUUUGAUGUAGAAGAGGAAGAGAAGGAGACUAUAAUUGGGUAUCACAGUGAGAAACUGGCCGUGGCAUUUGGGAUACUUUGCACAAAGCCAGGUUCAAUGUUGCGGAUUGUGAAGAAUAUUUGUAUCUGCAAUGACUUCCAUUCUGCAAUUAAACUUGUUUCAAAGGUGUUUAAAAGGAAAAUUUCUGUACGAGAUAGGAAACUGUUUCAUCAUUUUGAAAAUGGAUCUUGUUCCUGCAAGGACUACGGUGAACAAGUUAUGGAGAUUUUUUUAGGCAGGAACUCAAUAGAAGGUAAAAUUUCGAGUGGACGAAAGAAAAAUCUUAUGAAGAAUGACACAUCCGUACAUAAAAUCUUGUUUCAAAGGUGUUUAGAAGGAAUUUCUGUAAGAGAUGAGAAACAGUUUCAUCAUUUUGAAGAUGGAUAA